GGUGAGGAGGGCUGGCUCGCCGCCCUCACCUAUCAACAUGCCCCAUCUUCUGGCAGACACUGUACGUGGUGACGGUAAACUGCGGUGUGCUACAGGGAUGCGACUCUAAACACACAGCCAAGGUGUACAGUUUUAUAGUUGCUGUCCAGCUCGCAGGCUUUGGCAAGGUCAGAAACUAAAGUCUUAAUUGAAAAUCAGCAGGAUAUCUCUUUCCUUGGAGGCCCCUCACACCUCGAAAUUGUCUCUCCAGUCUUUUCUGGAGGUCCAAAGGACAUAAGCCAUGUCAGGGCUGCGGCCGCCGCCACCGACGUAUGAGGAGGCCAUGUUGGGACGCCCUCAAACCUUCCAGGAGGGCAUGUUGGGACGCCCUCAGACCUUCGAGGAGGCCAUGAUGGGACGCCCUCAUUCCUACGCUCCCUUCAUGUUCCACCCUCAUCCCACCGCCUGCCUUCACUACUAUGUCUUCGAAUCUACGGUGCCCUCAGCGCCACCACUCUCCUACCCGGGGUCACCAUCCGUCGCCACCAUACCCAACAACUAUGUGGUCCAACGCUCCGGGCUUGACCUCAUCGCUAGCUUACACCAAGUCUGUCUCAGUAGUCGACAAGGGGACUCGUACGUGUUCACGGACAUAACGAGGAGCCUCCUGUACACGGCGACCAUCGCCACGGAGGUGCGGUGUUGGUGCUGCGCGGCGCCCACGGGGCCAGGCAUCACCUUCAACCUCACCAGCAGGAACGGUCACCACGCCCUCGUCGUCCAGCGCCUCGCCAAGCACUCCUGCUGCUCCUCCACCGAAACGAACGUGACUGUGUGCAUCCCGCCAGACGUGACCCUGGGCACCGUGGACGGCAUGGAGCUACACUGUGUCAUCUGUAACUCUUCCGGCGACGUGUUGUGUGACGUGGAGCAGGAGGAGGUGUGCUGCUCCUGUACCGCGCUCCCCUACCAGGUGACGCCUAAUGGCUACCCUCACGACAAGGGUAGCAUAGCCCACUCCAGGGACGGUCUCCUUAUCACCUUCCCCGCUGUCUUCGACCUGCCCACCCGCACCUUGCUGCUCUGCUGUGCUCUCAACCUGCAAUACGGUAAGGAACUACAGAGGCGGGAAGGCGCAGGGUAAGACGUCCCUCAAAUAUUGAACAUUUGGCAUAUACAAAUUACAACAUUUAAGGAAAAAUAAGAUUGAACUAGAGGAACAAAAUAAUUGGUGAAGUGUAUCUUUAUGUUCUUAUGUAAUGUCUACCAAGCCUGAAUAUUAUAUCUACCACACCACAGUAUGGUUGAACUGACUCGAGGAUUUGAUUCCACUGGUUGAAACACGAUCUGUACAACAAUUAAGCAUCAUUUUAGGCACGUAGAGUCGGGGCAUGUCAUAUGGUGUUUCUCCGGAACAUUACAGCUCUUGUAUCCUUAGUCUUCACGGAAAUUCGUAAAUAGUGUUCAAAAAAAUAAUUCCCCCAGAAGAUUAUAGGCCUCCAGAAUAGUGAAUUCACCUGAGAGCCACCAUCUCUAGUGGCCUUGACGGGGACAGGAAGCCUUGAGGGCCACCAUCUUGACUAACACUGACUUGACCGGGACAAGCAGGCCGAGGCUUGCCAAAGGUUUCCCCAUAAUUCCUGUCCAACACGGGAGACAUCUCCCGUCACGCAGGGUGCAGUCGCACCUCCACAGAUCUCCAGUAUCAUCUCUUGAUACUGGUAAUGGCUCAAAAGGGCCACCACUUACGGGCAAUUCAUGCCCGUGCCACCUUUUGGGUGGCUUAAUCUUCAUCAAUCAAUCAAUCCUGUCCAAUAUUGUGUCUUGUUUAGUCUGAAACGGCUGUCUCUUGUAUAAGUUACAUUGGACCUUUUAAAGAAGUGAAUUACUAUCUUCAGAACACUUAAGUUCUCCACAAUAUACUGACCUCUUCGCCCGGCCAUCAUCUGGGACGCGACCCGUAUUGGAACUGCAUUAUGAUCUCUCUCCAGUUACAAUUUGUCACGGUUUAAAUAUUUACGAAAUCACAACUUCAUUACACACAGAGAUCACACUUACGUGAUGCAUCAAAUGAACAAAUCCACAAGGGCCGUGACGAGGAUUCGAACCUGCGUCCGGGAGCAUCCCAGACACUGCCUUAAUCUUGUGGAUUUGUUCACAACUUCAACAUUUAACACAUUUUAAAAAGGUGUGGUUUCUUCUAAGAAUUGUUUAUGCAACAUUUUACAUUCUUUAAAGAUUUUGUUAAUACAAAUAAUUAAAUAUUCGUCUUGAUAUGUUGUAAAUAUUGUCCACACCUACAUUACAAUUUCAUAGUUGUGUACCAAAUGAACUGCAUAUUUAUUAAUUCUAAACAUUUUGUAAUGCAAUGAAAGACACUUCUAUAUUUUAUUCACAACUUUGUAUAAAUUUUAAGUAUUGUAGUUAGAUUACAAAUGAAAUCACAAAAUAUUUUGUAUCUCUUAAAUAAAUCCAGAAAUUGCAGGGAAAUAUGCAAAUAAACUUAAACCAUUA